AUGACAAUCUCAUCAUCAGACGAAAUAUCAUUGAACAACCUAACCUCAAAUAAUGACAAGAUAACACUAAUAUGCCCAUUCCGUAAUUGCUCAACAAAAAUCAUUCAAUAUAAUCCUCAAAAACUUAAAUCAGAAAUAAUUGAAAACGCCCCAUCAUGUAUUGAAAUUGAAAAUUAUCCUGAAGUAAAAGAACCAAAACUUUCAACAAAAACCACCAAAUUUUUCAAAAUAGAUGAUGUUUGGUCAUUUGUUAAUAUUGGAGUAAGUAGACCCUCAGAAAUAUCAAAAGAUCCAAUAAUUAUUUCAACAGAUGAUAAUGAUACUACUACUAAUAAAAUUGAAGAACUCGAAGGAGAUAGUUCUGGUCAAAUCAAAGUUCACAUAGAAAGACUACUUAUUUGUAGUGAAUGUGAUCGAGGUCCAUUAGGUUUUGCUGGAAUUGAAGAUGGUAAAGAGAAUGAUCAUAAGAAUUUGAAAUAUUUUUUGAGUGAAAAUAGUGUAUUAUAUGAUUAUUGA